CUCACACACACGCAGAAUGUCUGAGCUCUCAGCAGCCACAUCCACGCACGCAUCAUCAGAUCUGGUCUAGUCUGAUCUCUGCUGGAUCUGAACGAUCCGACGCUGGCGAUGGGUGGAUGACAGCACCGCUGCGAUCAUUUCUAUCAGCUCUGUGAUUGGCUCAUUCUGUUUUUGUGACUGCUGUCACCAUGGCGAAGAGUCCAGAGGUAAAACUGGCGGUUUUUGGCAGUGCAGGAGUGGGCAAGUCAGCUCUGGUGGUGAGAUUCCUGACCAAACGUUUCAUCUGGGAGUACGACCCCACACUCGAGUCCACAUAUCGCCAUCAGGCUAACAUCGAUGAUGAGACGGUUGCCAUGGAGAUCCUAGACACAGCUGGACAGGAGGAUGUGCUGCAGAAGGAGGGUCACAUGCGCUGGGCGGACGGCUUCAUUCUGGUGUAUGAUAUCACAGACCGCGGGAGCUUCGAGGACGUGACGCCUCUGAAGGGAUUCCUGGAUGAGGUCAAGAGACCCAAACACAUCCCGCUGGUGCUGCUGGGAAAUAAAGCGGAUCUGGAGCACGCCCGUCAGGUCUCUACUGAGGAGGGCGAGCGGUUGGCGGCGGAAAUGGCCUGUGCGUUUUACGAGUGCUCGGCAUGCUCGGAUCAGGUGGGCACGGGCGGCGGCGUGGCCGAGGCUUUUUACGAGCUGUGCCGCGAGGUGCGUCGCAGACGGGCUGUACAGGGCAAAACACGCCGCAGGAGCUCCACCACACACGUCAAACAGGCCAUUAACAAGAUGCUGACGAAAAUCAGCAGUUAAACACACAGAGGCCGAGAGAGCCCGUGUACGGAGCACUGUUUCUCUUCAUUAUUCUCAAUGAAGACAAGUGUGAACAUUGUGCUUUAACAGAUACUGUACACCCACCAGCUAAAAACAUCAACACAAAGCUCUCAUCAUUAUUAUUCAAAACAGAGGAACAAUAAGAGUUAAAUGUGGUCAAAGCUUCUGCUGUUUCUGUGUGUCUGAAAAACAAAUCAUUUACUGAGUCAUCGAUGGAGGAAUUUUGGCACAGAAGAUGUUAACAGUCGAAACGGACCUCAGGGAAGAAAAUGAAACGUUUUUUUUUAACGCUAGGAGCCCGUGAAGUGGUCUGGAAACACGCCAUGUGAUUUUUUGUUUUUCUUCAGUCUGUUGAGUAUUUGUUCUUACGGCUAAAGUGAAGGAUACAGUGAAAUGUCAACAGAGAUAUCACCAUCAUCACACAAGCACAGACAUCAUUCAUCAAACCAAGCGCACUGACAUCAGUGGAGAGGACCCGCCCGCCGGACCUCAGGAACGUCUCCUGAACAUCUCAAUCUCAACCGGCCAUCAACAUUUUUGUCAUGUUAUCGGAAAGAUUUUUGAAAGUGUUUGUGUUUUUCUGUUCUGUCACAUUCCUAACUUCAAAAACACAAGAACAAACAUGAGCAUUUCUGCCUUCAUGAAAACAUGUGUACACACGUGAAUCUGAUGUUAAAACACACAUCUGUGUGUGUUUUUCUGUUUAUAAUGCGUCUGAUAUUGUAGAUAAAUGUACAGUACAAAGAACCCUACAGAUAUAUGCAUGUGUGUGUGUGUGUGUAUGUUUUUCACACAUGAAGUCUUUACUGGUAAAUUGCCAGAAAAUUGCAGUAAACAGAUCAUGUGUGAACAGGACGUGUGUGUGUGUAAAUGAUUUGAAAGAAGAAAUAUGAGAAUAAUGAAGUUGUUUUGAGAUGUCAGAAGCACGUGGAAUAUGUAAGAGAUAAUGUACAGGCAGCCGAUUGUUAUCGCAGAAAUAUCGCAGAUGUUAUUUCCCGAUAAAAGCCGGCUGCUUGUACAUUAUCCCAAUUAUUACACGGCUACUUGCCACAUGACAAAAGGAAAAAUUCCGGUUUGUUUUAAGAUAAAAAAAGAAGUUUAAAUAUCACAAACAGGAAAUUUGGUAAACAUAAUGUCAUAAAUGUUUUUAAAAGACAUUUUUAAAUUUCAUUUGUAUAUAAAAAAACUGUCAAAUGAUUUGCUGCAUCCUGGUUACCGUGUGUUAUUCGUUUUGAGAAGUUGUUAUCUGGAAAUAACGAACCUGCAAAUGUCGCAACUGGCCAAUCAGAAUCAAGCAUUCCAACACGACGUUUAACAAUUGAAAUGAACACACAAUCAGCGCCAGAAUAGAGAAGGAUUUUGUGUCAAGAGAUACAAACCGAACACUAAAAACACGUUAUUUUUUUUCAUUAUCAUGAAGAUUAUCUGACGUUUCUGUUUCAACAGAACUUCACGUGAUCACACAUAUGUGAAAUAUUUUUUACUUUCAGUUCAAAGUAUCAGGUUGAGGCAGAACUGUGGUGUAGAUCAACAACAUUACUACAACACAACACAACACACACGCAGUUUGUGUCAUGAUGUAAGUCUUGAGAAAGCAAAGUCUUGUAAAGUGUUUGUGCAAAAUUAAAUGAAACCUCAAACACACACUGUUCAGAACAUAAAGGUUCUCAUCAUCAGAACAGUGUUGUAUUAUGGGCUGCUGGAUAAUAUUUGUAUUACAGUCGUGACAAACAUAACUAGAAGUGCUCAAGAAUGUAUCUGAUAAUAAAAAAUAUAAAGACUU